CAUGCCCUUCUUAUCACAAACAUAAUGGCUCAACAUCGACAUCAGUCGUCUUUAGAAUCUGUAUUAGACUUUUCACCUUCGUUCUUUUUAACACCACCACAGAAUCAAAAGGCAACGGCUCUUAUUGAUAAGCUUAUCUGGCAUUAUGGCCUCGAACAAACCGUACAAAAGGGCUACAAGCCUGCAAUCCUUAUUCAGGAAACAUAUCAUCGUGCUCUUUUUUUCGUACAUCUAUAAAAUUUUCAAUGAUACCAACGAACCUGACGUUGACACUGAUAUUCCUGUCGCUUUAUCUUACGAUCCAAGCAAAAUGAUCAAUAUCAAGGGAGCUGUCGAGAAGUUUGCUGAAUAUAUUGUUGAUAACUUUCUUCUUCCACGUACAUCGAUUUUUCGUUUUCAAUUGUUUAGGUUCUACUGCUAACUGACGUUAUCUAGUCAGGGCCUCAUCCGCUAAGACACCGCAAGCGACGCCUAAAUCGUUGUCCUCUAUGCAAACACCCGCCCCAACCGGUACGAGACAGCGUGUUUCCAUUCUGCGACAAAGCUGUCUCGUUCGUGAUCGCCAUCGGUGUGUGAUAUCUCGUAAAUUCGACAUAGUGUAAGCCAGAAAACGCGCCGAACAGCAUGGGGAUGACUGUGAGGACGAUAAUGAAAAUCCCCUAAGAAAUGAAGCACGCGGCGGAUUUUAGUACUUAGAAGUUGCUCAUAUUCUUCCCCAUCCUUCAAGAAUCGUGGCGCCUGGAGAAACGGACUUGAACAAGUCGAAGAAAAAUGUGUUUCGCAUUUUAGACAUGUUCGAGCCUGGAAUCAGUCACCGUCUUGAUGCCUCCAAGAUUGAUAGCCCUAUGAAUGCUCUCAC